ACUGGAUCUAUUGCAGCCUCAGAUUUGCUCUCCUAAGAUCAGCCAUCAUGUGUAUCAGGGGCUGUAAAAACAAACAACAACAUUCUGCUGGCAACAGCAGAGGGUCGCUUGUAAUUCAUUGGGGACAUAAGUUCAGAUCUUUACAUAUAUUUCUGACGUUUUGUUACAGUUAGCUAGUAACCCUCUUUUUAAAAUUUUAACUUAUGUAUAACUUAUUUUGCCUCGUCUAUAUGGAAUGUAGAAUAUCUAUACAACAAUAUACUACCAUUAUUAUCAUUACCAUUAGUUCAUAGUUGUGGUCUCGCUGUUUGUUCUUGGAUUUGGUCUUGCCUUCUAUAUGCUCUUGAACAACAAUCCAAGCUUUUCGAAUGGAGGUUUGUCUAUGAUGAAAGUUGUGCUGAUGGUAGUUGGAGAUUUGGAUUAUGACAGUGUUUUGCCUGCACGUGUUAGCCGUGAACACGAACACAUCAAUGCAUUGUACGAGACCCUGAGGUCUCACUUUAGUGAGUUUUUAUUCAUCAGGAAUCUUGCUAAUGCUACAGUUCAUGAUGAGCAUGGAAAUACUCUGCUGUCAUGUGCUGCCAAUCAAAGUGCCACACCUGGCGAUGAUGUUGGUCUCAUACUGCCACCUUUGUCAUAUAUCAUCUUCUUUUUAUUUACUUUACUUAUGCCAAUUGUUGUUCUGAACACAUUGAUUGGUUUGGCUGUGGGUGACAUUGCAACUAUAAAGGAACAGGCUGGCUUAAGGCGAAUUCGAAUGCAGAUAAAGCUGCUGAUUGACUUGGAAAGUGCAUUGCCAUCUUGGUUCCUUAACCGUGUCCAAGUCAUUCACAGCUCACACUCCUCAAAAGACGAAAACACUUUCCGCAGCUGGGUGGUUCGUGCUACUAAAGCUGCAGAAGAGCCAGCAGCUGAUCAACAACAGUCUUUUCUUCAUCUUCAACUGAAUGAAGUAAAACUUAAUCUGAGUUUACUAGAGGAUUGGCUUGGUGACAUUGAAACUACUAUGGAUAACCAUCUCAUGCUUGUGAAGAAACUGGCUGAAUGUGUUAAACACAUACAAUUGAAGGAGGUACCAUCAAUUGCAGAGGGACGACAACAUUUAACAUCAAGUGUUAGUUCGACCAUUGACAUAGAGCAGAGUGUGAGGUCUAAGUUAGAAACUGUGGGUGAGGACAGAGAUGAAGUAUAGCAUAAAGAUGCAAGAGACAUACAUGAAAUGAUACUUUGUCAAUGAGAAAGUAUAGACUUUGUUAAUCAAGUAAGAAGUUAGUCCAUGUCUAGCAUUGUCUUGAGUUUGUAGUUAGAUGUGCAACGACCUGGUCUAGUGGAUACAGAUAUAGCAAUAGUAUAUGGUGGCCUUGUCAAGUUUGUAUCUUGAAUGCAUCUAAACACUUAGGUGUUGUAUUGCCAUUACUAAUUGUUACUUGACUAUGUUCUUACGUUUUAACAUGAUUGAAGGAGC